GGUGGCGCCAAAAGGCGGCAGCAGCACCGGCACCAGCACCGGCACCAGCACCAGCCGCUGCCUCGGUCGAAGGCGCUGCCCGGACUAGCGGAGAGGUGCGGGCUGGCGCCCGCUCGGCCUCUGCGCCGCGGAGAGGAUGCGCGCCUGGCCGCCGCCGCUCGUGCUGCUGCUCCUAUGGGGCCUGCCGCGGGUGCCCGGGCGCCGCUACCCGCACAGCGCCGUGCUGGACGGGGCUUCCCGCUACCGGCUCUCGUGGGCCCGCCAGGGCAGCGCCAUCGCCUUCCUCGUCGAGGUGCGCACGCAGGGCUACGUGGGCUUCGGCUUCUCCGCGUCCGGGGCCAUGACUUCGGCGGACAUCGUGGUGGGCGGGAUCGAGCGGGGCAAGCCCUACCUGCAGGAUUAUUUUACAAAUGGAGACAGAAUACUUAAAAAAGACUCUCAGCAGGACUACCAUCUGGAGUAUGCCAUGGAAAACAGCACCCAUACGAUACUUGCCUUCAGCCGGCAGCUUCAUACUUGUGACCCCAAUGACAAGACUAUAACGGAAAGCACAGUGCGCGUGAUAUGGGCGUACCAUGACAAAGACUUCAGGGAAGGAAGUCAAAAUUAUCAUGGUAUGAAUCGAGGGACAAAGAGUCUUCGUUUAUUGAACCCAGAGAGGAAUGCUGUUAUCUCUUCCUCCCUGUCAUAUUUUGACUUGGCAAACCAAGACGUGCCUAUUCCAGACAAAGACACAACAUAUUGGUGCCAAAUGUUUAAGAUCCCUCCACUGCAUGAAAAGCAUCAUGUAAUAAAGGUUGAGCCACUGAUACAGAAGGGUCAUGAGAAUGUGGUGCACCACAUUCUACUCUACCAGUGCAGUAGCAGCUUGAAUGAUAGUGUGUUGGACUAUGGACAUGAGUGCUACCAUCCGAAUAUGCCAGAUGCAUUCCUCACCUGUGAAACAGUCAUUUUUGCCUGGGCCAUUGGAGGAGAGGGCUUUAUGUAUCCUCCUCAUGUUGGCUUAUCCAUUGGGUCAGCAGCAGACCCUCAGUACGUGCUAAUGGAGGUCCAUUAUGACAACCCUUCAUAUAUGGAAGGAAUGAUGGAUAACUCUGGACUGAGGCUAUUUUAUACUCCAGAUUUAAGGAAAUACGAUGCUGGAGUUAUUGAAGCAGGUCUUUGGGUCAGCCUCUUCCACAACAUCCCACCAGGCAUGCCUGAAUUCAUGUCGGAGGGUCACUGCACGCUGGAAUGCCUGGAAGAAGCCCUUGAUGCUGAGAGGCCAAGCGGAAUUCACGUGUUUGCCGUUCUUCUUCACGCACACCUCGCUGGCAGAGCUAUCAGGAUGCGCCAUUUCCGCAAGGGGGAUGAACAGAAGCUGCUGGCCUAUGAUGAUGAAUUUGACUUCAACUUCCAGGAGUUUCAGUAUCUAAAAGAAGAAAGGACCAUCUUGCCUGGAGAUAAUUUAGUCACGGAAUGUCAUUACAGUACUCUAAAUCGAUCACAUAUGACUUGGGGAGGUCUUAGCACCAGAGAUGAAAUGUGCCUGUCUUACCUUCUGUACUAUCCAAGAAUAAAUCUCACCCGGUGUGCAAGUAUCCCAGACAUAAUGGAACAACUUCAGUUCAUUGGUGUUAAAGAAAUAUACAGACCAGUAAGGACUUGGCCAUUCAUUAUCAAGAGUCCAAAACAAUAUAAAAACCUUUCUUUCAUGGAUGCGAUGAACAAGUUUAAAUGGUCCAGAGAACAGGGAAUCUCCUACAAUAAGUAUGUUCUUAGGUUGCCAGUGAAUGUCAGGUGUACCAAGACUGACAAUGCAGAGUGGACAAUGCAAGGAAUGAUGGCUUUACCACCUGAAAUAGAAAGACCAUACAGGACAGAGCCUGUUAUAUGUAGCUCAACUUCCUGUUUAAGCUGCAGUCUAUUUUUAACCCUCCUGAUUGUUCUGUACAUCUCAACCACUGCUCCAAGAAACAGCUGGCCUUUUGUAUAAUAAUUCUGGUUGUAUCCACUAUGAUUUCUGUGCCAUGAAAGUCCUAAAAUGUUUGCACUGUUGCUCUUGUAGAUUUAUUUUUUUACAUUUUACUAAACUAAAUUUGUUUCAAAAUAGUGAACACCUCAUUUGAAAGAGAAAAGGAUUACUGGAGUACUGUUUUUUUUUUAAAAAACCCACACAUAUAUGAUAUUAUGUACGUAAUGUUCAUUUGGCUGCAAUAUGUUAUGUAAAUUGAUCCAUAUAAUUUCAUUUGAUUC